ACAACAAAGGGACUGGAGCUUUCUCUGGGCCUUGACGGAAACUUUGAUAAAUCUUAUCAUUCAACAUUCAACAUUGAACAUUCAAUCCUGUUUUAUUUUAUCUCAUUUUCAUUUUCAACCUUUCGAAUAAUUGUUUUUCUUAACGUUAUGUGAUUGUGGUCUCAUUCUUUUUCUGGAAAAGAAACAGAAUCAUGAAUUCCAUCCGCAAAUGGGCAAGGAGAAAUAGAACUCCCCUUGCGAUUGGAUUUGGAGUUAUUGGUGUAGGCUAUGUUGCGUCUCAAUAUGUCUUGGGAAAGAUUUCGGAUGCUCGACAACGCAUGAGUAGUGAUCGUAUAGCUCGAGAGAAGUAUGUCCAGUGUCCACUGAGAUGAGAUAAUGAGCUCAUGCUUAUACACCUACUCCUAGUCUACGCCGUCGAUUUGAACAAAACCAGGAAGAUUGCACCUACACUGUCUUAGCCCUCCUCCCCACAGCCACCGAGAACAUUCUUGCAGAAUUGAAAACCGAGAGGAUCACGGAUGAGUUGCAGCAGCAGAAGGCUGCGAAGCAGGCACGAAAUGGAGAAAGUCGUCGAUCAGAUUGGGGUUCCAGUCCUCCGAGCAUUACCGACGAUGAUGGUAGAAGUAUGGCGAGUUUCAGUGAUAGUGGAAUGCAUAUAAGUCAACUCGGGAUACCUUCAGGAUUAGAAUUAGGUAUAGAUGGAGCGCAAGAUGGAGGGCAACAAGGAGAACAGCAAGUACAGAGGGUUAAAAGGUCGAAGAUGCAGUUGUGGAACGAUCUCAAAAUUAGUUGUGAGCUAAUUGAGUCCAUCUUUCCAUCCAUUGCUAACAUGUACUAGCUAUCACACGAUCAUUCACUUUGAUAUAUACGCUCUCUCUUCUCACACUCCUCACGCGAAUACAGCUCAAUCUCCUAGGGCGUCGCAGUUACCUUUCGAGUGUAGUCACUUUGGCUACUGGUGGCGUGGAGCAGUCGACGAUUAAUUUGGAGAACCACGAUGAUGAUAAUUCAGAGCAAGCAUAUGGAAACGAUUUCGAAACGAAUAGACGAUAUCUGACAUUCAGUUGGUGGCUACUUCAUAGAGGGUGGAGGGAUGUUAUGUAUAAGGUCGAAGCUGCAGUGAAAGAAGUAUUCAGGGAUACUUCUAUCAGAGAAGAGCUUACCAUGGCCAAGUUCUCUGAGUUGACGCUCGAGGUUCGUAAAAAGGUAGAAGGAGCCACUCCCGAAGACAGACAGGCGACUCGAUGGUUGCAGUACCUUCUGCCACCAAGGGACCAAGAAGAUUUUGUCAUCAAAGAAUCUGGCAUGAAAACUAUGGAGCCUGAGACCCCUUCAUCCUCCCCUGUGUCGCCUCUGAGACGACUACUUGAUGAAACUUCGGACCUUAUCGACUCUCCACCGUUCUCACAUGUCCUCACUAUGCUUCUCGAUGCUGGCUUCUCAACUCUUGUUGAACAAAAGAUAGCACAGCAAAGUUUCAAGAUUCCUUCUCAACCAGAUGAUACUCGUUUUACGGAAGUUGUUGAGCCAAAGCCGGUAAAACUUCCAUUAAUAUUGGCUGUUCUCACUAGACAGGCACAUUCUAUAGGCAACGGUGUGCCUAAUGAAUAUCUUCAAGCCAUGGAGCAGGUUAGGGAGUUGGAAGCUUUUGCUGCUGUGGUUUACUCCAGUCACGAGAACGAGAUCAACCCAGUCGAUGACUUUGGAAGUGCUAUAUUAGUGCCGAAGAAUGGCUUGGGCGAGUCCGAGAUAACUGCCGUGGCUUCUAAUGGCCAAGAUAGCCUCAUAGAUGUGGGGAUCGCAAGCAGAUUUGAAAGUGCAUGGGGGAAAGCGGUAGAGCCCGCGGACAGGGCGACAUAAUUGUAGAUUGUAUGUCGAUGACGUUUAUACAGACUCGAAAGAAUAUUUGGAAUAUGGGAAUCAUUACCGGGCAAGGUUGCGGGAAAUUUGUUAAGGCGAGGCAGAAAUGAGUUAUGUAAAAGAUACCAAAAUAAUGGCAUAAUUUUAUCAUCCUUUUAGUUUACCCAUGAGGCAU